ACAAAGAUUUAGCACUUUUUAUGCUCGUGUCGUACUUUCAGCUUGCGAUAGAAAUACUCGAUGUUUUACUAAAAUCAACACUAGGAUAAAAACAAAGUUUGUGAAGAACUCCAUCAAAUCAACUAGGAAAGGAGGGACAACUGGUUGUUUAGGAUUAAGGGGUUUUUGAGGAAGAUUUGUAGUCUUGGAUUUGCCUACCUUCUAAUUUUAUUUCUGGGCGGAUUCUCCAAGAGGGAUUAGGGCUUCGUUGGAUUCUUCAGGCUCUAGAAUCCGCGGGAAUAGGAUGGACAACACGUGUGGUGAAGAUCAAGAUGGAAUAAGCGUUGCGGGUUUCGAGGUACCAAGGUCACCAGAUGCAAGUUAUAAUAACCCAUAUCCUGGAAAUGAAGAUGAAGCCAGGGAUCCACCUCUUGUUCCUCCUCAUCUGCAACACACCCUUUUGAGCUUUCCUGCAGUGAGUACUAGAGACACAUCAUCUUCAACUCUACCUCUCCCGCAAAAUGUGAUACUCAACCAUCUCUACAUUGAGAAUAGAGAAAGUCCGCGAUCAGUGGUUGCCCUUGGAAUCACUCAUCGUUUCCGCUCAAAAUAUGUUACAGUCGUGCUUUAUAAACCCAUUCAAAGAAGAGGCACUAGUAAUAAUAGUAGUUGAGGUGUGUAGUAGUGUUAUUUUAAUUACCCACAUUUUUAAAUAGAUUUAAAAAAAAAAAGAUGAUCUUGGGGUUAGUAGUAAAGAGCAAACGUAAUUUAUUUAUGUGCAUUCACGUUUGCAGCUACAAAUUAACAGACGGGGUGUGCUUGUUGCACUCUUGUAUUACCUAUUUCUUCUUCUUUUUCUGAAAGUGUGGUUAAGCUUAGAUUUCCAUAUGCA